AUGGCAAGUGCCAAAACAGAUUUCACAAGUGUGAAUUUUUGCACGUGCCAGAUACUUUCUGCCACCGGUUUGCCAUUGGUCAGUGAGUUCAACCACAUCAUGCAGAUCCCUGCUGAAGAUCCCUUGCCUUCAAAUGCACGCCUUAUUGGCACUCCAGCCAUGGGGGAUAUCGCGAGUGCAGGACUGAAAACAGUAGGAGUUCACCGGACUCCUCAAGAGUUCGUCGAAGCAGCCAUUACAGCCAAACACCCAGGAGUAGCAACGGACCAAAUGCCAGGGCCCAUGUUGGAUGCCGUGCAAUUUUGCUUGAACCACUCAGUGUCGCAAGUUGCACAACGCAGAUCGGAAGUGGCUGUCGAGGAAACCUUAAGAGAAUGCAUGUCACAAGGUCGGCGAGAAAUCCUCCGGCACAAGAAGAUGUUGCUCUUCAAAGAGCUGUUGGUGGAAGCUUGUUCUCAAGACGUUUGCCUAUCAGACGAUACCUGCGAUGAUUUCGACCUCACUGGAAAAUUGCUGGCGUCGAAUCACUUUGACCAGAGAUCGGCCAGCCAGCUACCUACAGAAGCACUCAGGAGUGUCGCCAAUCGUGCUCGAGAAGUUUUGCUGGCAAGUGUGAAGAGUUCAGGCGACCAAGAGAUCGAUCGUGGAGUCUUGCAGGCCACCAUGAAAGAGAGGGACCAAGGUUUUGUGAAGGGACCCAUCAGUGCUGAUGUGGUGCCGGAUGGUACCAAUCGACUACAAAGCCAGUCUCGUAAACUCUGCAGUGACUCAGUGGAAAUGGUGACGCUACAUGGAGUCGAUCACAUAGCCUGUCUUGGAUCCGCUCUCCUUCAAGCUGUUUGGUCAGAAACGACACCUUCUGGGUUAGUGGCAAAAUGCUGGGACAUUGCACCAGCAUAUAAGCAAGUUCCUUUGUCCGAGGAAGCGUACGAGAAAGACUCCUACAUAGUGAUAUACAACCCGGAGACUCAACAGCAGGAAGUCUUCAAACAGGCAGUGUUGCCAUGUGGGCCGAUAGCUUCAGUGAUGGCUUUUCUCAGAUGUGUCAUAGGCAUCUGGCACAUAGGAAGCAGUUUGUUGAAGUUGACAUGGACUUCGUACUUUGACGGUUUCUUGAGCCUAGCUCCCCAUUGCCUAGCAAGACAUACGGAUUUGUGUAUCUCCACCUUCUUCCAUCUUCUUGGAUGGCAGCUUUCAGAGGACAAAUGGGUUCCUAUGCUGAGUGUUGCAAAGUUCUUGGAGCCGAGCUUGAUCUCAGUAAGAGUCCAGCUGGAGCCUUGGAAGUCCGCAACACUGAGAGCAGAAGACACGAACUGA